GUAGAAUUCAUCCCAAGAUAGUGUAAUCUUCAAAAAAAUAAAAUAAAACAAAAAUUAAAAAGAGAAAAAACAUCUACAAAACCAAAUUUUACUGUCGUUUGAGAAAUACUGUGGAGUGUUGGUUGUUGGUUCUUGUUCGUAGUGGAGCCGCUAGAGACUCUUCUUCCUCUCGACUCCCAUUCUCUCUCUGCGCAAUUGGUGACGGGAGAUGAUAUAGACCACAGUUGAAUCAAUUGCGGAGCUGCAUUUUCGCAGUUUUCCACGCUGAAGAGUUGAAGAAUUUGUUUAUACAAAAUGCGUCUUGUAGAAUUUCCUAACUUGUUCGUUCUGCUCUAUAUCUUCCACACCCUUAUUGUUUGCCGAAUUUGCAGCUGCGGAAAUACGAUAGACGGCAAAGUUCUGAAUGUCGGGGAGGAACUUUGGAGGGAAACGCUGCCUCUUCAAAUGGGCUCGCGACUUUACGAGCUACGAGGGCUUAAAUCUUAUACGUUGUAUGAAGUAAAGAUAUCGUAUCCGGCUUCUAUACCAGCCAGCUUUUCCUUAGAAUUGAGGAGAGACAAGUUGGAUUUGGCGCUGCACACGAAUAGAAGAUUGCUCAACACGGAAAAGAUCAUUUUCAAGACCGAUGCUCUUGAUUCCGAUCAGGAUGGAAUGUAUGUCUUGGUUAGUGUGGAGUCCGAGGGGUUUGUUGCGAUACCUAAUGUUUUGGAGAGAGAAUUCAUCCUUUUCAACAUAGUUUGUGAUGAACUGUUGUUGGGUAUUCCACACAAAGCUUGGUGGGUGGUAGUCUUGGUAAUACUUUGUCUGGGUUUGGCAUUCUUCAUCCCUUCUUUCCUUCCACCUUAUUUGCUUCAGAAGAACCCGAGCCCACGAUCACUUGAUCGGAGUGCUUCCAAACAUUCCUGAAAUUUUGAAUGAGAAAAAAAUAUUUUUCUUUGUUGUUAAUUGAGAACUGAGGCCAGAUUCUUAGCUUCAAGAUGUUUGUUUGGUCAAACAUGGGUGUUUGAAAUAAUUGGGAAGAAUUGAUCAAGGAUGUUCCAAGAUUGCAUUUUGGGGACAUUUGCUCAUUCUUGGGUUGUAAAUUGUAAUGCAAUGGUAUCCUCCCUUUUUUUCCCUAUUAGAUACGGUGUGUGGGGUCUAUGACUCAUUAUAUUAAAACAAUCAUAUUUGAAGCCUAAAUCGCACACUCACACAUU